GCACCCACCGACCCUGACCUGGUUAUGCCGUCCAGCUCCGGCCUGGCGUGAGGACCCCCAACCUGUGCGAGGUACAGAAGUGGAGUGGGGAAGGCCAACGUUCCACAGAGGUUAAGGUUAGACUUCCACAGUGUACCUUGUCGGGCCCCCUUACUGGAGGUCCCAGCCUAGCGUCUCGCAGCUGAGCAGGGAGCAGGAGUGUGCACAGUCCCUGCUCCAGUACCGAGUACCUGUCUGGGCCCUGGGCACGCACAGGGGCCGUAGCCCCACUGUGUGUGGGAGCCAUGAGGAUCCUGGCUAACAAGACAAGGUUACCCCACCCCAGGAGGCGAGAAGCUCCAGGGAGUCCGCCGCUGUCCCCUCGCGGCCACUGUCCCCCUGCCCCAGCCAAGCCAAUGCACCCAGAAAAUAAAUUGACCAAUCAUGGCAAGACAGGGAAUGGAGGGGCCCAAUCCCAGCACCAGAAUGUGAACCAAGGACCCACCUGCAACCUGGGCUCCAAGGGCGUGGGGGCGGGGAGCCAUGGGGCCAAGGCCAACCAGAUCUCACCUAGCAACUCAAGUCUGAAGAACCCCCAGGCAGGGGUACCUCCUUUCAGCUCACUCAAGGGCAAGGUGAAGCGAGAGAGGAGUGUGUCUGUAGACUCUGGAGAGCAGCGGGAGGCUGGGACUCCAUCCCUCGACUCAGAGGCCAAAGAGGUGGCACCCCGGAGUAAACGGAGGUGUGUGCUUGAGCGGAAGCAGCCGUAUAGCGGGGACGAAUGGUGCUCCGGGCCAGACAGCGAGGAGGACGACAAGCCCAUCGGGGCCGCCCACAAUUGUAAUGUAGCAGAUGCAGCCAUGGCGGCCCCACAGCUGGGUCCUGGCCAAACUGCCCAACUGCCCCUCAGUGAAAGCAGUGCACCAGGCCCCCCACAUGGCCCCCCGCCAGGGCUUCGACCAGACGUCCCUGGGGGCGGGGGCGGGGGCGUCCCAGGAAAGCCUCCGUCACAGUUUGUGUAUGUCUUCACUACUCACCUGGCCAACACGGCCGCAGAGGCCGUGCUACAAGGCCGGGCAGAGUCCAUCCUCACCUACCACCAGCAGAAUGUGCCCCGGGCCAAGCUGGAUCAGGCCCCGAAAGUGCCACCCACCCCAGAGCCACUGCCCCUGAAUACACCUUCAGCAGGUACACCACAGUCCCAGCCACCUCCAUUGCCACCACCACCUCCAGCCCCGGGCAGUGCCCCUCCUGCUCUGCCUCCAGAGGGACCUCCUGAAGAUACCAGUCAGGACCUGGCCCCGAACUCCGUGGGAGCUGCUAGCACAGGUGGUGGGACUGGGGGCACCCACCCUAACACGCCAACAGCAGCCACUGCUAACAACCCCCUGCCUCCUGGAGGAGACACUGCCAGUGCCCCUGGCUCAGCCCUCUUGGGGGAGGGCACCCCCACAGGAAAUGGGCAGCGGAACCUGGUGGGCUCCGAGGGCCUGUCCAAAGAGCAGCUGGAGCACCGUGAGCGCUCUCUCCAGACGCUGCGAGACAUUGAGAGGCUGCUGCUCCGCAGUGGGGAGACUGAGCCCUUCCUCAAGGGGCCCCCUGGAGGAGCCAGCGAGGGGGGCCCACCAGCACAAGCUCCCUCUGCCGCUCAGCAGCCUCCCUCCGCCCCUCCCAGUGGGCUGAAGAAGUACGAGGAGCCCUUGCAGUCCAUGAUCUCACAGACACAGAGUCUAGGAGGCCCCCCACUGGAGCAUGAAGUGCCCGGGCACCCCCAGGGUGGGGACAUGGGCCAGCACAUGAACAUGAUGAUGCAGAGGCUGGGCCAGGACAGCCUGACACCUGAGCAGGUGGCCUGGCGCAAACUCCAGGAAGAGUACUACGAGGAGAAGCGGCGGAAAGAGGAGCAGAUUGGAUUGCAUGGGGGCCGUCCUCUGCAGGACAUGGUGGGCAUGGGGGGCAUGAUGGGGAGGGGGCCCCCACCUCCUUACCACAGCAAACCUGGGGAUCAGUGGCCACCUGGAAUGGGCGCCCAACUCCGAGGACCUAUGGAUGUCCAGGAUCCCAUGCAACUCCGAGCCGGACCUCCCUUCCCUGGUCCCCGUUUCCCGGGCAACCAGAUGCAAAGGGUGCCUGGAUUUGGGAGUAUACAGAGUAUGCCCAUGGAGGUACCCAUGAAUGCCAUGCAGAGACCUGUAAGACCAGGUAUGGGCUGGACUGAAGACUUGCCCCCUAUUGGGGGACCCAGCAAUUUUGCCCAGAAUGCCGUGCCCUAUCCAGGUGGGCAGGGUGAGGCAGAGCGAUUCAUGGCCCCGCGUGUCCGGGAGGAACUGUUGAGGCACCAGUUGCUAGAAAAGCGGACAAUGGGCAUGCAGCGCCCCCUGGGCAUGGCAGGGAGUGGCAUGGGGCAGAGCAUGGAAAUGGAGCGGAUGAUGCAGACACAUCGACAGAUGGAUCCCACCAUGUUCCCGGGGCAGAUGACUGGUGGGGAUGGCCUGGCUGGCACGCCCAUGGGCAUAGAGUUUGGUGGAGGCCGGGGCCUCCUGAGCCCUCCCAUGGGACAGUCAGGGCUGAGGGAGGUGGACCCACCUAUGGGGCCAGGCAACCUCAACAUGAACAUGAACGUGAAUAUGAACAUGAACAUGAACCUGAAUGUACAGAUGACGCCCCAGCAGCAGAUGCUGAUGUCACAGAAGAUGCGAGGCCCCGGGGACAUGAUGGGGCCUCAGGGUCUCAGUCCUGAGGAGAUGGCUCGUGUUCGGGCUCAGAAUAGCGGCGGCAUGAUGGGGGGUCCACAGAAGAUGCUUAUGCCCUCACAGUUCCCCAACCAGGGCCAGCAGGGAUUCUCUGGGGGUCAGGGACCCUACCAAGCCAUGCCCCAGGACAUGGGCAACACUCAAGACAUGUUCAGCCCUGAUCAGAGUUCAAUGCCCAUGGGCUCCGUGGGCACCACCCGGCUCAGCCAUAUGCCUCUGCCCCCUGCAUCCAAUCCUCCUCCUGGGUCUGUGCAUUCAGCCCCCAAUAGGGGGCUGGGCAGACGGCCUUCAGACCUCACCAUCAGUAUUAAUCAGAUGGGUUCACCGGGUAUGGGGCAUCUGAAGUCACCCACCCUUAGCCAGGUGCACUCACCUUUGGUCACCUCACCCUCUGCCAACCUCAAGUCACCCCAGACUCCCUCACAGAUGGUGCCCUUGCCUUCUGCCAACCCACCAGGACCUCUCAAGUCACCCCAGGUCCUCAGUUCUUCCCUCAGUGUGCGGUCACCUACUGGCUCGCCCAGCAGACUCAAGUCUCCCUCCAUGGCGGUACCUUCUCCAGGCUGGGUCGCCUCUCCCAAGACAGCCAUGCCUAGCCCUGGGGUCUCCCAAAAUAAGCAGCCGCCUCUCAACAUAAACUCUUCCUCUACCCUGGGCAACAUGGAACAGGGUACCCUCCCACCAAGCGGCCCUCGGAACAGCUCCUCAGCGCCUCCUGCCAACCCUCCCAGCGGCCUCAUGAACCCCAGCCUACCGUUCACAUCCUCCCCAGACCCCACACCUUCCCAGAACCCUCUGUCACUGAUGAUGUCUCAGAUGUCCAAGUAUGCCAUGCCCAGCUCUACCCCGCUAUACCACAAUGCCAUCAAGACCAUCGCCACCUCAGAUGAUGAGCUGCUGCCUGAUCGACCCCUGCUACCCCCACCCCCACCACCGCAGGGCUCUGGACCAGGCAUCAGCAACAACCAGCCCAACCAGAUGCACCUGAACUCUGCUGCUGCCCAGAGCCCCAUGGGCAUGAACUUGCCAGGCCAGCAGCCCCUGUCCCACGAGCCCCCACCGACUAUGUUGCCCUCCCCUACCCCUCUGGGGUCCAACAUUCCACUGCACCCCAAUGCACAGGGGACAGGGGGCCCUUCUCAAAACUCAAUGAUGAUGGCCCCGGGAGGCCCAGACUCCUUAAAUACCCCUUGUGGCCCUGUGCCCAGCUCCUCCCAGAUGAUGCCCUUUCCUCCUCGGCUACAGCAGCCCCAUGGUGCCAUGGCCCCCACUGGGGGUGGGGGCGGGGGGCCUGGCCUACAGCAGCACUAUCCCUCAGGCAUGCCCCUGCCCCCAGAGGACCUGCCCAACCAGCCACCUGGUCCCAUACCCCCCCAGCAGCACCUGAUGGGCAAAGGCAUGGCUGGCCGCAUGGGCGAUGCGUACCCACCUGGGGUGCUCCCCGGAGUGGCAUCUGUACUGAACGACCCAGAACUGAGUGAGGUGAUCCGGCCCACCCCUACCGGCAUUCCUGAGUUCGACUUGUCCAGGAUCAUCCCCUCUGAGAAGCCGAGCAGCACCCUCCAGUACUUCCCCAAGAGCGAGAACCAGCCCCCCAAGGCCCAGCCCCCCAACCUGCAUCUCAUGAACCUGCAGAACAUGAUGGCGGAGCAGACCCCCUCUCGGCCCCCCAACCUCCAGGGCCAACAGGGGGUUCAGCGGGGGCUCAGCAUGUCCAUGUGCCACCCUGGACAGAUGUCCUUGCUGGGCAGGACAGGUGUGCCCCCACAGCAAGGCAUGGUGCCCCAUGGCCUGCACCAAGGGGUCAUGUCCCCACCACAAGGCCUCAUGACCCAGCAGAAUUUUAUGCUGAUGAAGCAACGGGGUGUGGGGGGCGAGGUCUAUACCCAGCCUCCCCACAUGUUAUCCCCACAGGGCUCCCUCAUGGGCCCCCCACCCCAGCAGAACCUCAUGGUGUCCCACCCUCUGCGGCAGCGCAGUGUGUCUCUGGACAGCCAAAUGGGCUACCUCCCAGCGCCGGGCGGCAUGGCCAAUCUACCCUUCUAGCAGGCCCCUCAAGGGGCUGGGGCUGGGGAUACUGAGAAUACGUUGACUUUAAGAAGUUUUUUUCCUCCAGUGUUGGAAUGGAUGGCCUGGGUCCAGGGGUAGGGUGGAGGGGUGGGAGGGGGCUCGUGUGGGGAGUGGCAUUUGUGGAAACCUGAUGUGCUGGCAGCUUGCGGGAGAGGCAAGAGUCGGGUGGGGAGUUGGAAUUGGGUUUGACCAGGACGGCCCCUCCCCCACCCUUCCUGUUCCUGUGGGGCUUCUAUUUCUCUCUGUCUUUCUACUUCUCCCCGUUUUCAGCUAUGUUUUGGGGGCCCUUGGGGAGAGAGGAAGGAGAGGAGGGGGUCUUCCAUCUUCUGUCCCUUUGGAACUGUCACCUCAUUGGUGCUCCAGGUCCACUGUCCCCUCCCAGUUUCUCUGCUUUCCCCCGCCCCCUGUCUUCAUUUCCUCUCCUGCUGACAUGGCUGACCUCCUCUCCCACGCCCCCUGCAGGCAGCUGGCCAGGUGGGCAGGUGCCAGCGGAGCUGUAAAUAGAGCUGCGCUUUAGUGCCGGUUUGUGCGUGUGCCGUAUUUCUGUGUUUUGAUAGAAGUCACACACAAAAAAGAAAAAAUUAAAAAAAAAAACCC